AUGGUACUUCUUCAAGAUCCUUCCGUUGAAACCCUUCUCGGUCCAACACAUUGUCAGGUAGCGUGGCCCCCUGGAUCUCACUACUUCAACCCUCAACAUUACGGUAGGGGGCUUCGGGCUUGCCUCCAAGCUUCCUUCGAAAUCGACCUCACUGCAGUCCACAGAGCCAUCGUUGAGGCGAUGCUGGAGACCGCAGUCAUGGAUACAGAUCGCCAGCUCUCCAUGGACAGCAUUCUCAGCACACGGGCGAGCAUCCUGCACCGCAUUGGCCACUGCGUCAACGGCUCAACCCCAAUCCACUUCCUCGACUUUGUGUAUCCUCCCGAUUCGCGCACCCCCUUGGAGCAAUACAUACGCUUCGAAGUCUUGCGUGUCCUCCGGGCUGUACUGGUGGAGCCGUCUUUCUUCUCUUGCUCUGCGAGCCAGAUGGUGGCUGCGGCAGUCUCUGCAACGUGGCGUCGUCGGUUCGGAAUCCCCUGGGCGGAGCCGCUCGAUUCCCUUCCUGGUCACCAUUACGAAGAAAUCAAGUGGAUAGCGGACCUUCUGUAA